AUGUCGUCCAACGAUGCACAACGAGAGAAGCUGCAAGAGUCUGCAGACCAAGUAGACCAUGUCGCCCCUGCGGCCUCCCCUGUGCCUAUACACAUACACGGCCAAGGAGCUACCACAGAGAAGGAUACGGAUGACAAAGCUGUCUCGCCUCAAAGCACGCGCAGCAGUUUGAAUAGUCAAACCAUCAACGAGAUCCACAGCGAGACCGAGGCCAACGCCCCGCGGGCCGUGCUGAGAACAAAAGAGCCCCUGGUCAUUGUUCCCAGAGCAGAGCGCCGCGGGCUAUUUGCCACAUUCUCGAUACUUCCAGAAGUUCGGCAGCCACGGGACUACAGCAAUUCGACCAAGUGGUUCUUGACCUCGAUCAUAGCCAUUGCUUCAUUUGCAGCCCCUACAGGGAGCUCUGUCUUUUGGCCUGCUCUGCCGGAGCUAUCAAAGGCAUUUGAUGUCACGCCUACAGUGGUCAAUCUGUCUGUAGCAUUCUAUAUGCUGUCCAUGUCUAUCUUUCCACUCUGGUGGUCGUCGUUUUCAGAGCAGUAUGGACGGAGAAGUAUCUAUAUCAUCUCGUUCACGCUGAACACAAUCUUCUGCCUACUCAGCGGAUUCAGCACGAAUAUUGCCAUGCUCAUCAUAUGUCGGACACUAGCAGGUGGCGCAUCUGCAUCGGUGCAAGCGGUUGGUGCUGGAUCCCUGGCUGACAUCUGGGACCCGGAAGAGCGAGGGAGGGCCAUGGGCCUCUACUACUGCGGUCCGCUUCUGGGCGUCAUGACGGCACCCGUUUUUGCUGGUGCACUCACGGCGUCUUUUGGAUGGGAAAGCACCAUGUGGUUCCUUGCAGCUUACGGUGGCAUCACGACACUUCUGAUCCUCUUUGGUCUGCCCGAAACUCUUCCGCGAAAGAAGCAAUUCACAUCUCCGGUAGAGCCGGCUGUAGUGGUUGGUGAUGGUCCGGCACUGUCACGAGUGUCAACCACUACCCGAUCGGUCAAGGAGAAGACUAAGAAGACGGCCACAUGGUUGCGACGUGUUUUUGUCGACCCACUCAGGAUCAUCAUGUUUUUCCGCUUCCCAGCCGUUCAGUGCACCAUCUGGUGUAGUGCAAUCACGUUUGGCAGUUUGUACAUUUUAAACAUCGGCAUCCAAGCUGCAUUCUCACAUGACCCUUACAACUACAGCCCAUGGCUCGUGGGCCUCUUAUACAUUCCCGGAUCGCUAGGGUAUGUCUUGUCCAGCAUUUUUGGUGGCAUCUGGCUUGACAAAGUCAUGAUUCGGGAGGCGGUCAAGCAAGGCCGCUACGACUCGGAGGGUAAGCUCAUAGUUCUGCCCGAGGACCGGAUGCAAGAGAAUGCCUGGAUAGCUGCUGUUAUGGUACCGGUCUCCUUUUUGGUAUUCGGCUGGACAACACAGUACGGCGUCCAUGUGGCCGCAGCGCUGGUGGCGACAUUCUUCUUCGGUAUUGGCAGUAUGCUGAUUUUUGGAGCUGUUAACACCAUGCUUACCGAAUUCAUGCCCAAUAACUCGAGCUCGGGGGUCGCGCUCAACAACUUUGUCCGCAACCUAUUUACAUGUGUGGGCUCGAUCAUUGCACAGCCUCUGCUGGAUGCGAUGGGCCAUGGCGGGUUGUUUACACUCUUGGGCGGGUUAUGUUGGAUCAUUGUGGCAACGUCCAUAUGGCUUCUGAAGAAGAACAGCCAUAAGUGGAGAGAGGCGAUGGAUAAAGCUCUGAAGGUAUGA